AUCCCUGAGUCAUAGUGCGCAUGACUAAAAAGUAGAAUAAACUUAACCUCGAUGUUCUUGACACAACAUAAAUUUUCGUUUAUUUACAUUUUCAUUUUAGUCUCUUAAAGUUCAGUUUUAGUUUAUACAAACAAGGAACACCAAGAUGUCAAUACCUAACCUAACAAACAACAUAAUUCAGCCUCAAAACAUAGUGAUAAAUCACACUGUACCUUUGUCGCAUGCAAUAAUGACUAACGUUAAUGCUAAUAAUGGAUUACCAAUAGCAACUGCCUUAUCAAACCCACCAACUGUUGUUAAUAAGAGUGGAGAGAUCAAAACUGGUGUUAUGAUGGAUUCUCUACCUAUUUCUGGAGCAAUGGGUGUCCAAAGUGUACCUGUUCAAGCUGCAAAUUCACAGAAGGUUGUCCAUAAUUCCACAGCAUCAAAUGCAGCCACACCAUCAGAACCAUUGCAGCAAGUACUGUCCAAGACAAGGAUGUCGGAUUUAGUGAGAGACAUAGACCCAAAUAUAUAUAUGGAAGAUGAAGUUGAAGAGAUAUUGUUGAGUUAUGUUGAUGACUUUGUUGAUCGUGUUUUGAAUGGUGCCAGCAUGAUAGCAAAACAUAGACAUGUGAAUAAUAUUGAAGUGAAAGAUGUUCAACAAUUUAUAAAUCGUAACUUUAACAUGUGGGCUCCUGGUCUUGGAACAGAUGAGUUGAGACCAUAUAAGCGAAAGAGUUUGGUAACUGAGUCUCAUAAGCAACGUUUAGCACUGAUACGUAAUGCAUUGAAAAAGUAUUAAACUGAAUUUUUAACAUUACAAUGGUUUUAAAUACAUUACAAGCAUUAUAGUGAUAAUUUAAA